AUGACAGGUGCAAAUUAUGGCUCAUUUAUUGUUCGGAAGAAAGAGUUGUUGUUAGAUAAUGUUUUACAGGUUGGUCAAUCAUUUAGAUGGGUAUACAAUGAAUCUUCUCAAGAAUAUGUGACAACUAUGAAGAUCUCGGGACAAUACCAUGUGGUUUUGUUGAAGCAAGUAGAACUGAAUCAGGAUGAUGAAUCAGAUCUGAAAAAUACUAUUGUGCAAUAUGCAACUCUGGGUGACACUUGUGACUCUAAAAGUUUGGAAUCACAUUUAAUGGAUUACUUUAGAAUGGAUGUCUCUGUUGAAAACUUAUACAACAAAUAUUGGCUUCCUAAUGAUGUAAGAUUCAAAGCGCAUUAUCCUACAGGAAAUAGGAUGUUGGCUCAGGAACCAUGGGAAACAUUAGUAUCCUUCAUAUGUUCUAGCAAUAACAAUAUAUCAAGGAUUACUAAAAUGUGUCAUGAAUUAUGCAGAAAUUUUGGUACAGAAUUAAAACCAGAAAUUGAUAGAGAUGACACUGGCUCUUCUCAUUACACAUUUCCAAGUAGUGAUGAUAUCGUCAAUAAAGCUACUGAGGACAAGUUAAGGGAACUUGGAUUUGGUUAUCGAGCAAAAUAUAUUAUGGAAACUGCCAAAUUGCUUGUUGAGCAGAAGAAAGCAAAUGAUUUCACAGAUGAUUCCGAAUAUCUGUUAUCAGUAAAAGAUUCAAGUUCAUAUAUUGAACUAAGAGAGCAUCUGAUGGGAUACACUGGUGUUGGACCUAAAGUGGCUGACUGUGUAUGUUUGAUGGGAUUUAGGCAUGAUGAUGUAGUACCCGUCGAUGUUCAUAUAUCGCGAAUUGCCAAGAGAGAUUAUAAAUUUCAAGUGAAUAAGAAAUCUAUGGAAAAUUUAAGGAAACAAUACGCAAGCUAUCCAGUAACUAAGAAAAAGAUUAACCUAGAGUUAGAUUUGAUAAGAGUGAUGUUUGUAAAAAAAUGGGGGAAGUAUGCAGGUUGGGCCCAAGGUAUUUUAUUUUCGAAUGAAAUUGGGAAAUCAAGUGGUGCUACUACAAAUGGUGACGUUAAAAAACGUCAGUUGGAACUGGAUAUUCAAGUUAAAGAGGAGACUGUUGAGAAUAGUGAUAAAAUCAAGAGGAAAAAAUAG